AUGGUCAAGAUUUUGUUCAAUCUGAUUGUGGACAUUGCUUCCGAUGUAGCGGAUUUCUUUUUAAAGACCAACCGUCCCUAUUUUGCCAUACAACUUUACAAAGAGUUGCUGACUCUGGCAGACCAUGUCGAAAACGAACCGUCAUCAAAAAGGGACGCCCUCAGAAUGUUUGUGUACCUUGCCCUUGGUCCUGCGUACUUCAGCCUUGGUUCCAUUAAUGAAGCAAAAUCGACUUUCAAACUUGGUCUUAGAGUAAGCGAAGAGCUCAACGACGAAAGCUGCUUAUGGAAGUUCUCCUUCAGUAUUGGCUAUUUGUACCAAGGUCUUGGCCGAUUCGACAAGUCAAUCAAACAUUUUAAAAGAGCACUUCAGAUAAAUGAAGCGAUUGGAUAUCGAGAACAAGCGAAAACUUUCUGGUGCCUUGGAAAAGUAUAUCAUGACCUAGAACAGUACGAAGAAGCACGCGAUUGCUAUCUAGAAUCAAUCCGUCUGAGCCGAGACAAAGGAGACAAAAAAAUGGAGGCUGUAGCUCUAACCGACAUUAGUAAAGUGUUUGGUUGCCUUUGGAAGAUCGAGAAAGAGUUUCUCACUUUAGAAAAAUCACUCAAAAUUUUCGAAGAGAUUGAUGACGCUUUUGGAAGAGCAACAGUAUUGAAUCUUAUGGGAAUGGCUUUUGAAAGAGCUGGGGAAGAGGAUAAGUUUUUCCAGUAUAUGAAAAAAUCUCUUCAAAUCAGUAGACAAGCGAAUGAUAGAAAGAACGAAGGCCGUACAUGUUUUAAUUUAGGCGGAUUUCUUGCACACUCUCUACGGUAUGACGAAGCACUUCCCUACCUAGAAAAAGCCGCUGAACUAAGUUAUUCGUCAGGAGAAAGAGAAGUCUAUGAGCAAGCCUGUAUUUGGCUGACUGAUGUACACCUUGCUCUCGGCCAGUGUGACAAGGCAACGGAAUACAGAGAGCGAGCGACUAAAUCAAUUAGGAAAACAGGAUUUAGAAGGAUUCCUAGGUCGUUGGCUCUAAUGCGUGCAGCUAAUGGUUAUGUUGCAGAAGGAUUUGUAGAACAAGCAUACGAUAUUUCAUCAGAAAGCAUAGAACAAUUUGAAAGUGAACUGGAGCCCCUAAGUGAUGAGCACAAAAUGUAUCUAGGAAGUAAGAAAGGAAAUUUCCUCCUCUCUGUGUAUCAUGCGCAUUCUUGUUUACUUCUUGAUCUUGGCAGAGACCUCGAUUCUUUGAUUGCUGCAGAACAAGGCCGUGCGCGUGUCCUGAGAGAAUUGCUAACAAAGAGAUAUUCAAUUGAAGGAUGCACCACACCUGUUAAUGAGGAAACUUUAGUCGGUUUAGUGGAAAGACUGCAGAAGAAACAAAUUUUAGUAUUCAUAGCUCUUUUUUUUAUCGAAUUUAAUUAUUGGCUCCUAUCAGGUGAUAACAAUGGAAAGCUGGAGCAAUUAAAGUCACCAAAAACACUGCUUGAUCUUCUGGAAGCUAAACCACGCGAUGAUAUCAAAUCCUUUGUCAAUGAACGAGAAACUGAGUGUGAAGACCGUUCGUUAUCAGCAUUGUACGACUGCGACCUCAAGUCUGAGAAUAAAGACGGCGAGGACUACACAACUAAAACGGUGAAACGCCUCAUUGAGUUGGACGAUGAAAACUCGGCAGAUAUUGAGAAUCAUGUACACGAAAUAUUGAUUGCCCCAAUUGCAGAUCGUAUCGAAAACCGAGAGGUUUUGCUCGUCCCCGAACCAAGCCUGUUCAUGGUUCCCUUUGCGGCGCUGCAAGAUGAUUCUGGAAAUUACGUGUCUGAUACUUGCAAAAUCCGCAUCAUUCCCUCGUUGACAGCACUUAAGCUUAUCCUUGACUCUCCACCAGAUUAUCACAGCCAAACUGGAGCGCUGAUUGUUGGUGAUCCACAAGUCAGUCAUAUCACGCCACUAGAGCAAUUGAAAGCAGCGAGGCAGGAGGCUAAAGAAAUCGCUGAUCUUCUAGAGGUGGAGCCUUUGUUGGGUGAGCAAGCCACGAAGGAAGAGGUGCUGUGGCGAAUAACUGAUGUGUGUCUGAUACACAUCGCCGCCCAUGGUGAUGCUGAAAGAGGAGAGAUCGCUUGUGCACCCAACCCAUCCUCCCCUCAAGAGCCAAGUAAGGAGGACUAUAUGCUGAGCAUGGAAGACAUCGCCAAUGUUCGGAUCAGGGCCAAACUGGUUGUACUCAGCUGUUGUCACAGUGCUAAAGGAAAGAUCAUGAAAGCCGAGGGAGUUAUUGGGAUCGCUCGAGCUUUCAUUGCUUCUGGAGCUCGUUCAGUGCUUGUUUCGCUAUGGGCCGUGGAUGACAAAGCUACAAAGGAGUUCAUGAUUCGUUUCUACGGACAUCUGAAGUGUGAUAAAAUGAGUGCCAGUGAAGCUCUUCACCAGACCAUGAAGUGGAUGAGAGAAUCUAAGUCGGCGAGGUACACUGUGAGAGAAUGGGCACCAUUUGUUCUGAUUGGAGAUGACGUCAAUCUGGACCUGUGA